UGAGAUUCCAAACCCAGACAUGCCGGAGUAUUAUUAUUCGGUUUAAUUUGCAUUUUGAGAGAUGAUGAGAUGCGGUGGCGUCUUUAAGUGCGGCCCGGUGGCACGCCGGAACGGUUCCCAGUCAGGAAGCAUCUCCUGCAGGCUUUGCUAAGGUUGUGUGGGAAGCUGUGGAGACGCUUUGCCAUGGUCGCAAGGAGAGCAACUUAAGGCCGGUCCUCUUCUCAUGGCGCAGAUUGGCCAUGUUUCUCCUACUCGGCCCUUUCACCUAGCUUGGUUCGGUCUGAGGCCCCUUUUCGCGGUUGCCACUGGGCGUGUGCCAGAGUUGACUGAAAUUGAUUGUCAAGCAAAAAGAUGCCGUUCUGAACCCGCUUGUAGAAUAGGUGAGAGAGCCAGUGGAAGGCAAUUGCCCGGCAGGGAUGUUUGGCAUCAUGCUGUGCGUCGUGGACCGUGCUGUAGCAGCUGGAGCGGCAGUACGAGGACAAACAAGACUGACAGCCGAGUCAAGCGGAGUCAUCCACUGCUAGGUUGCUAGACUUCGACGGGGCGAGCAGGGUCGCGUGCAAGAAGAAUUUAUCACAACGAGCCCAUCCCAUCUAAUUGCCAUGCAAUCAUUGGACGAUCUCUGAUAAGGAAUUGCUUUGCUUUGCAAACCCAGCGUAAUACGGCCUAUUUCCUUGUGUAGCUGGUGCUCC